AUGCUGUACUUCCCGCCGAAGUUUGUUACACUUUUGCGACCGUUUAAUCCCAAAGCGCACGAUUUUAGAAACGGUACAAAUGGAAAGCGUCCUUAACAUAAUAAAACCAGAUAUAUUAUAGGCUUUUUUAAUCACUGGCUGACGGUGAUUAGGCAACCAGAAUUUGUUUAAGGGUUUCUUUUUUCCGUUGUGCGCGUUUUUGAAAUAACUAAAAAAAUAAAUAUCGCUUUGUGCCUUGGCGGUAUUACAUUUAUAAAACACUACUUGUUUGCAUAUAUGCACGUGUUGAUCUGUCCCGGUCCCAUUUUGCGGUGGGAAAGGUGUGUUUGGAGGCGGCAGAUGUCGCACGGAGCUCGGAGGCGUUUCCCGUGGGCGGCGCAUCCCCGGACGUCCUCGGGACACGCGCCAGCUUAGGAAUCUGGGAUAACAUGGUCAAGCACGGAAGGUGAUCAUUUUAUACUUUAGGUUUCAUUCGUGUGGGCAGGCAGCUGUGCUGCACGAUGUGAGAAUGGCCACGGCGGACCGCGGAAAAAGAGAGCUCGAGUUGCCGGCUGGAAGCAUGUGGCAGAACUCAAAGGUGGAUCUAUCCAACAAGGACGUGAUCAUCAGCUCCACACAUAGCCGGACCAGAAAUGUCACCGUCGUCUACGUGGUCCCCCGUGCGUCGUUGCCCGAGACCGGUGUGGACGUAGCGCUGGCAUGCCUGCAGAAAGCCUGCGAAGAAGCGCACACUUCCUUGAAAAGUGUCCCUUUGGAUAAAGUCGUGCUGAGCAUUCCGGAUGUCCUGGACACAUUCUACAACUCAGACGUGGCCGUGGUGGAGAUGAGCGACUCUUCUUGUCAGCAGUCUCUCUUCUACCACCUGGGCGUGAGGGAGAGCUUCCAAAUGACCAACAACGUCAUCCUGUACUGCAGCGAGCAGGGGGGCGAUCUGCUCACUCUGAGGGAAGGAUGCGGGACCUACACCUUUAUCCAGUACCUGGUGUCACCCCAAGGCAAGGCUUUCACCUGCGAGGCUGGCACAGCAGCGGGCAUCAAGGAGCUGCUGAUCCCUAGGAUCAAGCUGGAGCCCUUGCUCACCCCACUGGUGGAGAAGUUCAUCCAGCUCUUGGAGAACGUCCAGAUCCACCACAGCGAGUACUCUCAGGAGAAGAUCCGGCAGGAGAUCCGGACGGCCCGUGAGAGGUUCAGUGGCCCCGACCUGAGCCACGAACUGGGCCAGAUCCAGAAGCGACUGGACACGAUGGAGCAGCUUAGCCCAGACAUCAUCAUGAACCUGCUGCUGUGUUACCGUGAUAUCCAGGACUACGGCGGCGUCAUUAGCCUGGUGGAGACACUGACGCAGCUCCCCACCUGUGCAGUGGCCACGCAGCAGAACAUCAAGUUCCAUUAUAUAUUUGCACUGAACAGGAGAAACGCCCCAGGUGACCGUGACAAGGCCUUGUCCAUCAUCAUCCCCAUAGUGGAGUCUGGGGAUCGGGUACCAUCGGACGUCUACUGCCUCUGCGGCCGCAUCUACAAGGACGUCUUCUUGAGCUCUAACCUCAGCGACCCGCGGGCGCGAGACCAGGCCUGCUACUGGUACGGCAAGGCCUUUGAAACAGAGCCAACGUUACACUCGGGCAUCAACUGCGUGGUUCUGCUGAUGGCGGCGGGCCACAAAUAUGAGACUUCUGUGGAGAUGCGGAAAAUCGGGGUCACCUUGAGCAGCCUCCUGGGGAGAAAGGGGAGCCUGGAGAAGAUGCAGGACUACUGGGACGUGGGCUUUUACCUGGGGGCCAACCUGCUCGUCAAUGAGCACAAGAAGGUUUUGGAGGCAUCGGAGAAGCUGUAUAAGCUAAAUGCUCCCAUGUGGUAUGUGGCGUCGGUGAUGGAGACCUACAUCAUCUACCGAAACUUUGUCAAAUGUCACACCACAAAGCCUCCCCCCCACGAGCUGGUCAACUUUUGGAUGGAGUUGCUCCUUCAGGCCUGCAAGCCGACAGUGUGCCCCCCCUGCUGCCAGGUUCUCAUCCUCGAACCCACAAAAGUGUUCCAGCCCAGCAUGGUGAGCGUCAGCGAGGAUGACGACAGCAGAACCGUUCAACUGAGGCAUGUUACCACAGAGAAGAAAGGUCUGCACCAGUGGACCUUCCCAGCAUCUGCGAUCCGGGGUGUGAGUGUUUCCAAAUUCGACGGUCGAUGCUGCUUCCUCUACGUCCUCUACAACUCGGAUGACUUCCAGCUGUACUUCCCAAGCGAGCUGCACUGCAAAAGGUAUGGGCCCGACCGAGGCAGCUGUCUCUGCAGGACUGCCAACAAAAACCAAUUCAAACAGGCACAUGGGUGUGUGAAUCUGUCAUACGAAAAAAAUGAGAGCGGCGACAGGGUCAUCCUGGGGAAGGGGACCUAUGGAGUCGUCUACGCUGGAAAAGACACCAGCAACCAAGUUCGCAUCGCCAUCAAGGAGAUUCCAGAGAAGCAUUCCAUGUAUUCCCAGCCGCUCCAUGAAGAGAUCGGCCUGCACAAGCGGCUGAAACACCGCAACAUCGUCCAGUACCUGGGCUCCAUCAGCCAGGGGGGCUACAUCAAGAUCUUCAUGGAGGAAGUUCCUGGAGGAAGCCUGUCUUCUCUCCUGAGGUCCAAGUGGGGACCACUGAAAGGCAAUGAAGCUACCAUAGUAUUCUACACCAAACAGAUCCUGGAUGGGCUCAAGUAUCUCCAUGACAACCAGAUCGUUCACAGAGACAUCAAGGGGGACAACGUGCUCAUCAACACUUACAGCGGGGUGCUGAAGAUCUCGGACUUUGGCACGUCUAAGAGGCUGGCCGGCAUCAACCCCUGCACGGAGACGUUCACUGGCACCCUGCAGUACAUGGCCCCGGAAAUCAUUGACCUGGGCCCCCGAGGUUAUGGGAAGCCCGCCGAUAUCUGGUCCCUGGGCUGUACCAUUAUCGAGAUGGCCACGGGGAAGACCCCCUUCCAUGAGCUGGGCAACCCCCAGGCAGCCAUGUUUAAGGUGGGCAUGUUUAAGACCCACCCCACCGUUCCAGAGAGCAUGUCCGAGGCAGCAAAGACCUUCAUAAUGUGCUGUUUCGAACCCGACCCGGACAAGAGGGCCACUGCCUCCAGGCUGCUGCAGGACAUCUUCCUCAAGCUGAACGGGCGGAAGAAGAAGGUCAAGCCUGUGGGGCCCCAGAUUGAGAACCCCGGCAGAGUCGCGCGGGCGUUUCCCCUAGGUGAACUCCAUCGCAGUCAUUCCAUGCCCACCUCUGAGCAAGCUGAGGACUGCAGCCCGGCACCAAAGAUGGACUUGGGCAGCUCUUUGGACCUGAGGAGGGUCAUGCCCACCUGCCCGAAGAAGCAGGGGUUGGACAGCUUCUUAUCAAUCCCAGACGACACAUCGGACAUCAGCCCAUUCACGACAGGGGAAAACCUGGGCCUGUUUCUCUUGAGGAAAGUCAGCGAGCGGAGAACCACGCUGAACUCCAUCCUGUGCGAGAACAUCAACACCGUGGUGAGCAACAUCCAGGAGAUGCUGCCCCAGCAUCCGGAGGGUCAUGCCCCUUCCAAGCAGCACAUCACGGACCUGAUCUGCUGCCUCCGGGAACACGUGCACCAACCGGACCGGACCAAGCUGAACAGCUGCCUCAAGAAGCUGCGCUCCAGCCUGCUAGCGGUGGCAGUGUCCCAGAACAGCGUGCAGGCAAUGCUCUUUGGCUUCCAGGACGCGGUGAGGAAGGUUCUGAAACAGCAGCAGGUUAAACCUCAUUGGAUGUUUGCCCUGGACAACCUGCUGAGACAAGCCGUGCAGGACGCAAUCGUGAUCCUCCUGCCAGAACUGCAGCUGCAGCUGGACGAUACGGAGGAGGCGGGCGAUGGGGAGCUGGAGAGCAGCCCCAGCAAGAAGAAGCGGGAAGCUGCACCAGUCACCCUGUGGGAAGCGUCGAACUCAGAGCAGCCUACGCCCAGCUUGCCUGACAUUAGCAACUACCAUAUCACUCUCACAGAGACGCUGCGACAGAUUCGCCAAGACACGAAAAGGCUGCUGACUGAGCUGAGAGAAAAGGAGGAGGAAUAUCAGAAGCUACUGAUGGACAUGUUGCAGGAGAAACAGGAAAUUAUUCUGGACUUCAAAACCAGGGGAAAUUGCACCCCUACAGAAACCGUGUGUCCCUCUCACCAUGUCGAAGUGCCAGACCCUGAGGCUUUGUCGCUUAUACGCUGGUUGAGAAACGUACCGGUGGAUGAAAACACCAUAGAAAUUCUGCUUGUGCACCAGUUCACUCUGGAACUCCUGCUGCAGGCUGCCUCCAGGGACGAUCUGAAGUACUGCAAGAUUAGGGGGGGCAUGGUUUGCCGGCUUUGGAAUGCCAUCGUGGCCCACAGGAACUUAACCAACAGCCACGGACACGAGCGUGAGGAGACCUUCCGGUGACGUCGGCGCUGUGGAGCUUGGAGAGAUCUGGCUUCCUGCUGCCUGAAUCAUCUUGGACGCCGAUCCAAGUUCUUAUAGUAGCAGACAGUUAUGUUUUUCUCCCAAAUAUAGCUGUAGGACACAAACAUGGUAUCUCACCUACCCUGGAGAUGGAUAUUAGUGGCGUCCGAGUCAUAGGUCAGCGGCUCUGUUCUGGAUCACAGACCAAUGCGGGUUUUAUUUAAAGCUUAUUUAAGGUGUUAAGUCUUAACUGUAAAUACGGGGCCAUGAUAUAAACUGUGAAAUAUUUCAUAGUAUGUAUAUAUAGAUGUGUCUGUAUUGCAUGUCAUCUGGGACAGUGUAGAAAGUGUGUACAGACUAGGACUGAGUAUGCGUGACAUCAUCACUGAGCGCCGCCCCACUCUGGGCGAUUCGUCGUUUUGCUGUUUUAGGCAAAAGCUACAUGUAACCAGAGCCAACACUGGAGACCUGCACCACUGCUAAGGAACGUGUCACUGCAGCACAGAGCUGCGGAAUUCUUGCACUACACCAGAGAUUAAUGCUUAGUCCAAGGAGAGGCCUGCCUCUUACGGUACUGCGUUUCAGUCCCUGUGUCUACUGAGCGGCUGACGGUCUUCAGUCAUUAAAGGGGCGGGUCAAAACUGUGCCCAUCCUGCUGGGGGCUGAGGAGGUCUCACACGACGGCGUGGUUCAUUAACAAAAUGGACAGAAGUGUAUUGCUUAUGGUAAACAUAUGCAACAGUAAACUGAAUAUUUAAUGCAUAUAAUUAGGGGCACAGGAUCAGUUCAGUUUUCAUGUUAAAGAGCUUUGAGAUGACUGUGGUGUGACUGCCAGAAUCCAGAAAUCAUGCAGUCGGCUUUCUCACUAUUUAUUAUGUUUAUCUAUUAAGUCUCGAUAUCAAGGCUAAAUUACUGGGUGCCUUGUGUAUUUUAUUUAAGUGUGUCACUGUUCUGAUGGUCACACAACAAACUGUUCAGGGGAAAACCAAUUUAACUUAUAUUUUACUCUUUUCAAAUAUGAAUUUUAAUAAGUCUUAGGUAUUUCAUUGAAAUUGAACUUGAAAUUGGUAACAUUUGUCUGGUGAGGGAACAAUACUCUCAAAAUGUGCAACUUUAUAUUGCAUCUCUGAUAUCAUUCAUCUGUCUUUUAAUUCAUGACAAUACUUUAAAUUUUAAGUUUGUAGCCAUUGUUGAAUCAUUUUCAAACUAAAGGAAUAUCUUGCCAGAUAAACAAAACAAACGGAGUCCAUUAAAAGUGGAUUCAAUAAAUAACGUUAGUGCAGGCGCUACAAAGUG